AUGGCUGGAAAGCCCAAACUUCACUACUUCAAUGGCCGGGGCAGGAUGGAGUCCAUCCGGUGGCUGUUGGCUGCAGUUGGGGUGGAGUUUGAAGAGGAGUUUAUAUAUGGUCGAGAAGACUUGAAUAGGAUAAAAAAUGAUGAAAGUUACAUGUUCCAGCAAGUGCCCAUGGUUGAGAUUGAUGGAAUGAAGCUAGUGCAAACCAGAGCCAUUCUCAACUACAUUUCCAACAAACACAACCUCUAUGGGAAAGACAUAAAGGAGAGAGCUCUGAUUGAUAUGUAUACGGAAGGCGUGGCAGAUUUGAAUGAAAUGAUCAUUGUUUUCCCUAUGCAACCACCUGGCGUAAGAGAGACAAAACUUGCAGAGAUCAAAGACAAAGCAAAGAACCGUUAUUUUCCUGCCUUUGAAAAGGUGCUCAAGAGCCAUGGACAAGACUACCUGGUUGGCAACAAGCUGAGCAAGGCUGAUAUUCUCCUGGUGGAGCUGCUCUACAAUGUGGAAGAGCUGGAUUCCAGCGCCAUCACCAACUUUCCUCUGCUGCAGGCCCUCAAGACCAGAGUCAGCAGCCUUCCCACUGUGAAGAAGUUCCUGCAGCCUGGCAGCCAGAGGAAGCCAUCACCUGUGAAUUAGAAAAUGUUGGGAGAAGCAAAGAAACUUUUCAUGUAAAUAUAGCAGGUGUAGAAGAAAAUUAGCUCAUGUCAACCAGUAUUCUGAAAUUCAUACCAUUGAAAUAUAUUCCUUGUAUGUUGACCAAGAUAGUAAAUAAUUUUCAAGUGACGUUGGUAAUUAGUGAAAAUAAUUUGAGAAGAUUUCAUUAAAAUUUCUUCCUUUUAAUUGGAAUUUGGUAUAAGUCCAAUUUCCAAUGUCCUUGUAAGCAAUCUCUGUGUUGGAAUUAAAUAUUGAAGAAAAGAAAAUGCAGAUAAUUGGUUUGCCUGGCAAUGUCUCCCAUAUGUUUUAUGAAAGAAUCAAGGGUAGAAAUUCACCUUCACCAUCCUUAGGUGCACCUAGGAUAUAUUUACCAUUACGAGAAACAGCACAAUAAAAUCUUUUUUUAUUGAAGAACCAUCUUAUUACUGAUCAUAAAA